AUGGUGGAUACGAUUAUGAGCCAUCCACCUGAUUACUACUGUAUGACGUACGGUGACUUUGAAGACGACGAACCGCAUAGCAGCGAGACUAGCAAGAGGCCAUCGGAAGGUUCGGUUGAAGACUCUCUUCGCGAUGUGCACGGACGUCUUCAUCAGCUGGCUUCCGAGAAUAUGUCGCUGAAUGAGAAGCUUGGGCGUCAGUCGGACGAAUUGGCAGAAGCUCGCGCUCAACUCAGAGGAUACUCGGGUGGUCCUGGUCUGUCACUUGGUCAGUUCAACACACGACAGCUGAUUCUGAAGGUGAUUCGUUUGGAGCCGCUAUCUAAAGAGGGCGUGGAGCAUUCUGCCCUUGUUGAGGUUUUCAAUGUGCCAGAAUUCACUCGGAUCCUCAUUUGCGAUCUGAAGCCACGUCUGGCGCGUCUUUUGACGAAGUCGUUCCCGGCAUAUGUGAUUCUGGCCGCUUUCCGCUACUACGACCAUGCGCACGACGAAACAGCCCUCACAGGACUGUUCUCUACGCUACAUAUUAUGCUCAAAGAUACGGUCACG